CUGUACGCAACUAUUGUCCGGCUUUAAAAACGAACAGCAUGGCAUAGUUCAAUGAGAGUUCUUGCCUCAAAUGAAGGAAUGUGCAAACUGCUGCUUGCGGAUUUGCACAGAGAACAGGACCCAUCGCCGCGCGGCAGCCUCCCAGCGGACCAUGGCCAGCGCCGCGACCUGCCGCCGGACACUCUGGCUGCUCUUUCUGCACAUUUUCUUCAUUUCCUCUGCCCAUGCAGGGCCACCGGGUCCUCCAGGGGUCCCAGGAAUCGAUGGCAUAGACGGUGAACGGGGCCCCGAUGGCCGAGCCGGCCCUCAGGGGCCUGAUGGCGAUGUUGGGAAAACUGGGUCUGCUGGUCUGCCUGGAGAACCGGGAGCUGAUGGAUUGACUGGACCUGUAGGAGAUGCUGGACCAGAUGGCCCCCCAGGACAGAAGGGUGAACCGGGGAAGCCUGGACUCCGCGGAGACACUGGUACUGGGCCUGAUGGACUUCCUGGACCCCCUGGACCAGGAGGACUUCCAGGCGAGGUUGGCAAAGUUGGACCCCCUGGGGCCAUGGGAGUGAGAGGCCCACAGGGGCCCCGCGGAGCACCCGGACCUCGAGGGGCCACCGGUGUGCACGGUGCCUCUGCAGAGCUGUGCCCCAACGCCUGCUCGGCUGGGCCACCUGGUCAUCCGGGGCUCCCGGGGAUGAAGGGUCACAAAGGCGCUAAAGGUGAAGUCGGAGAACCAGGGAAGCAGGGUCACAAGGGUGAAGAAGGUGACCAGGGGGCUUCAGGAGAUCCUGGAUCUCAGGGCCCGACGGGCCCCCAGGGACUCCGGGGAAUCACUGGCAUGAUGGGGGCCAAAGGAGAAAAGGGUCCCCGCGGUCAUGAUGGAGAGCCAGGUCCGCAAGGGAUCCAGGGACCCAUGGGUGACCAGGGUCAGAGGGGCUUGAUGGGAGAAACGGGGCCCAAAGGUGACCAGGGGUCCCAGGGGCCAAGAGGAACUUCAGGGCUUCCGGGCACCAAGGGAGAGACUGGCCUGCCGGGAGUCGACGGUCGAGAGGGAAUCCCGGGAAUGCCAGGCUCCAAGGGUGCUACAGGGAAAUCAGGUGCCCCCGGGGAAGUCGGCCUCCAGGGACUUCCUGGUUUUCCCGGCUCACCUGGGACCAAAGGUGCCAGCGGAGAGAAGGGAAACGCCGGGGAUCCUGGACUCGUCGGAACCAUGGGGUCGUCCGGUAAAUCUGGUGAGCGCGGAGAGCAGGGUGAAGUGGGACCCUUGGGCCCGGUGGGGGCGCCGGGCGAUGUGGGCGAGCAGGGUCCUGUGGGGCCCCCAGGAAAACCGGGCCCCAGGGGAGCUAAAGGUGACCUCGGGCUUCCUGGACUGCCGGGACCCCCAGGAUUACCGGGGAUCAAAGGAGAUCGGGGAGAUGUUGGUGAAUCGGGUCCAAAGGGGGAGCAGGGAGAUCCCGGAGCGGAGGGCACCCCAGGAGAGAAAGGCGAUCAGGGAGACGCCGGAGAACCGGGACCAAAAGGAUCUACGGGAAGCCCGGGCGAGGCGGGGAACCGGGGGCCGGAGGGGAGCCGGGGGCAGCCUGGAAUCCAGGGCCCCCUCGGAAGCCCGGGGCCCCGUGGCAUGCAGGGAGACAGGGGCCUUCCGGGGGUCACGGGGUCACAGGGGCCAGCGGGCAAUGAGCCGAGCAACCAGCACAUCCGUCAGGUGUGCAUGCGUGUCAUGCAGGAGCAGCUGGCUCAGUUGGCUGCCAGCCUCCGCCGGCCAGAGUCCGGUGCCGUGGGGCUUCCUGGCCGCCCCGGACCGCCUGGACCUCCUGGGACCCAAGGGGACAGUGGCUUCCCUGGCCAGGCAGGGGCCAGGGGGCUUCCAGGUCUCAAGGGUCCCCCCGGACUCCUCGGAAUCAAGGGACCAAAAGGUGAGAUGGGUGACCGAGGAGAACGAGGCCCGACCGCGAGGGGGCCCAAAGGUCAACCAGGAGCCCCAGGUCUGCCAGGUGAGCCUGGCAGACCAGGCUAUGGCAGGGAUGGCCGUGACGGCGAGAGGGGCCCCCCCGGAUUCCCCGGCCAGCCAGGUGUCCCCGGGCCCCCGGGGCGAGCCGGGCCCAAUGGCUACUGCGACCCAUCAGCAUGUAACUUACAGGCUGUGUCAGCCCCCGCAUCGCUGGACAUGAAAGGACCUGGAAACUGAGACCCCAACGGAGGCCAGAGAGCGAGGGUGGGGGGGGGGCCUGGCCCCCGGCCAGCACGUAACGCACCCACAGCGCUUGUGUAACACUGGAGAAUGUUCAGUGUUAGACCACUAGGGGGGUGUUAAGCUUUAUCUGGGACUUUUGUGGCUUCCACAGACGUAUAAUCUAAGGGACUCCUUUGUCUUAUGUCAGCAAGCUUUGCUCUUCCAUUCUUUCCUCAGUCGUCAUCUUUUGUAAAUCUUUGUUUUCAUAGAAGUAAAAUAACCUGAAAGCCCCGCCCCCCCAGCACACUGAUAACGAGCGUUAGCUGAAUGACGUUUUCCUGUCCCUAUUUGGGUGUUUUUGUAUGAUCCUUAUGGGGACCUGUCUGCAGAGACCGAGAGGACAGCAUCCCGUAUCACUGAAAGUGCCUUACUUGUCUGUCCAUCCAUCCAUCCAUCCAUCCAUCCAUCC